AUGCGCAUUUCAUUUAGAAAAUGGCGGCCGUGCAAAGUGGUAUUGUCGACGCUAAAGACGAAGUAGACAUAAAAUCAGAACCGCAAAGCGAUGGCUUCGGAAAUAGCAAUGCAAACGACGGAAAACUGCCUUCUACAUCCCCCGGAACCAGCGCUUCGGCUGGAAGCAACAAACCUACGGUGGGAGCCCCCGAGGACCAGCAGACCCUGCUGGCAGUCCUGCAGUUCCUCGCGAAGAACAAGCUGUCGGAGUCCGCUGGAAUAUUGCGACGUGAGGCGGGAUUGCCGGAGGAUGCUUUGGAUCCGAAGGGGACUGACUCCUCUGGGUCAGGGUCGGGAGGAGCGAGCGGUGGGGAUGUGGACGGCGGUAAUGCGACCUCUUUACUCAGCCGGGUGACCAUCUCUACGGCUGCAACUACGGCGCCAACCAAGGCAACAGCUGGGGAUGAUCAGCCAGAUGUCAGUGUUGUGCUGUCAGCCUACAGCCAGCAGGGAGACCCAGCUCUGUAUCAAGUUUACUACAGAGAUCUGAAGAAGUUUAUAGAAGCUGUUUUGGACUGCCACAGAGCAGAACUUUCUCAGGUCUUUUAUCCGCUGUUUGUUCACAUGUACCUGGAACUGGUGUACAACAAUCAUGAAAAUGAGGCUAAGGCCUUCUUUGAAAAGUUCAGUGGGGACCAGGAGUGCUACUAUGAAGACGACUUGCGUGUUUUAUCUGGCCUUACUAAAAAGGAGCACAUGAGAGGCAACGAAACCCUACUGGACUUCCGCACCAGCAAAUUUGUCCUGCGCAUCUCCCGUGACUCCUAUCAGCUGUUAAAGAGACACCUGCAGGAGCGUCAGAACAACCAGAUCUGGAAUAUCAUCCAAGAACACCUCUACAUCGACAUCUUUGAUGGCAUGCCACGCAGCAAAAGCCAGAUCGAUGCUAUGUCAGGCAGCUUGGCUGGAGAGGCAAAGCGAGAAGCUAAUAAAGCUAAGGUUUACUACGGACUAUUGAAGGAGCCUGAAAUUGAGCUGCCUCUUGAUGAUGAGGAUGAGGAGGCAGAAAAUGAGGAGGGUAAGCCAAAGAAGAAAAAGCCCAAAAAGGACAGCAUGGGCUCCAAAAGCAAGAAACAGGAUCCAAAUGCUCCUUCACAGAAUAGGAUACCUCUACCAGAACUGAAAGACUCCGACAAGCUGGACAAGAUCAUGUACAUGAAGGAGGCCACCAAAAGACUGCGCUUGGGACCAGAUAACCUCCCCUCCAUCUGCUUUUACUCUUUCCUCAAUGCAUACCAGGGUCUGACUGCAGUGGACUUCACUGACGACUCCAGCCUAAUCGCAGGAGGCUUUGCCGACUCCACAGUUCGGGUGUGGAGUGUCACUCCGAAAAAGCUCCGCAAGGUCAAGUCUGCAGCAGACUUGAAUCUGAUUGAUAAAGAGUCGGAUGAUGUGCUAGAGAGGAUCAUGGAUGAGAAGACGGCCAGCGAGUCAAAGAUACUCUAUGGACACAGUGGCCCCGUGUAUGGCAUCAGCUUCAGCCCGGACAGAAACUACCUGUUGUCAAGUGCUGAGGAUGGUACAGUCCGGUUGUGGAGUCUCCAAACAUUCACAUGUCUGGUUGCCUACAAAGGUCACAACUACCCAGUGUGGGACACACAAUUUUCCCCUUAUGGAUACUAUUUUGUCUCUGGAGGCCAUGAUCGGGUAGCUCGUCUUUGGGCGACAGAUCACUACCAGCCACUGCGGAUAUUUGCUGGUCACCUGGCCGAUGUCACUUGCACUUGUUUCCACCCGAACGCCAAUUACUUGGUCACGGGGUCAUCUGACCGCACCAUCCGCCUCUGGGAUGUACUUACAGGAAACUGUGUUCGCAUCUUCACCGGUCAUAAGGGCCCUAUCCAUGCACUGGCUUUCUCUCCCAAUGGGAAGUUUUUAGCCUCAGGAGCCACUGAUGGCCGAGUUCUUCUGUGGGACAUUGGUCAUGGACUGAUGAUUGGAGAGCUCAAGGGCCACACGGAUACUAUCUAUUCCCUGAGGUUCAGCAGGGAUGGGGAGAUUCUUGCCUCUGGUUCUAUGGACAACACAGUUCGUCUCUGGGAUGCAACAAAAGCCUUUGAUGAUUUAGAGACUGAUGACUUCACAGCAGCUACAGGACACAUCCAUCUACAAGACAACUCUCAAGAACUCUUGUUAGGCACUUACAUGAGUAAAUCUACGCCAGUUAUUCACCUUCACUUUACACGGAGGAAUCUGCUUCUGGCUGCAGGAGCCUAUAAUCCAUAAGACAUUACUGCAGUAUGUGAAGAUGAACUUUGGAACCUUGACAUGGUGCAAACAACUCCAUCAGUUCAUACCUGGCUGAUAUCUUACAGACUGUGACUCAUCCGUCAGUACAGUGGCCCUGCAGACUGAGGAAUUAUUUUGUUUGUUUUUUUUAAGUCACUGCCAUGACUUCAGCUUCAUAGUCUUUUAUAAUGGUGCACAUUGUAAAUAAAAUUGUGUUUUCUACA